AUGCUACUUAGAACAGAGGUGGAACAUAUAGAUCAUGAGUCUUAUCCAGAACUCUUGACACUAUAUGGUGAAGCUGGAGAGAGAGAGUACAUUUACGGUAUAUGGGACAUGUACAAGAUGAAAGAAAAGCAAGAUAAUGAUGGGCUUGAUGAUCUCAAUGGAGCUGAAGAGAUUUACUACAAUGAGUGGGAUGGCUCUGGUCUUGAGUUCGAUGUCCGGUUCCCGACAAUGUUGGCUUCUGGUUACCGCGAAAAUGGAAUGGUUAAGAAGGCAGAGAAGCUGAUGAUUAAGACCAUAAGGAAUGAAAAAAUGGUUAGACCUAUUGGUCUCUUUCUUGACAAAAAGGUAUAUCGUUAG